UUUACUUUCACACAGACCGAAGACGCGAGCAGGAGGCUGUAGUUAGCAGGCGGUUAGUAGUUAACUGCUGUGAGUUAAGUCAGGUGCUUGUUAGCGAGCUUAGCUAACGUGAGCUAGCUACAAUCACUGCUGGUUCUGGUUUCCUCAUUGAUGAGCUCUGGUCACCCUGGUUAACAGUUGCUAACUUGCUAGAAGCAUGAAGGCUUUGAUCCUGGUGGGAGGGUAUGGAACCCGGCUGCGACCGCUCACCCUGAGCGUCCCCAAGCCACUGGUGGAGUUCUGCAACAAACCCAUCCUGCUGCACCAGGUGGAGGCGUUGGUCAAGGCCGGGGUGGACCAUGUGGUUCUGGCGGUGAGCUACAUGUCAGAGCUGCUGGAGAGAGAGAUGAGAAUCCAGGAGGAGAGACUUGGGAUUCGCAUCUCCCUGUCUCAUGAGAAGGAGCCUCUGGGAACAGCCGGUCCUCUGGCGUUAGCUCGAGAGCUGCUGAAUGUCGACAACGAGCCGUUCUUCGUCUUAAAUUCAGACGUCAUUUGUGAUUUUCCCUUCAACGAUCUGCUGCAGUUCCACCGCAACCAUGGCAAGGAGGGAACCAUUGUGGUAACUCGGGUGGAGGAGCCCUCUAAGUAUGGUGUGGUGGUGUUUGAGGCGGACAGCGGGAGGAUCCAUCGCUUCGUUGAGAAACCACAGGUCUUUGUCUCUAACAAGAUUAAUGCCGGCAUGUACAUCUUCAAUCCCAGCAUGCUCAGCAGGAUACAGCUGAGACCAACGUCCAUAGAGAAAGAGAUAUUUCCCGUCAUGGCAGAGGAGGGACAGCUGUAUGCCAUGGAGCUACAGGGUUUCUGGAUGGACAUCGGUCAACCUAAAGACUUCCUGACAGGGAUGUGUAUGUACCUUCAGUCGCUACGACAACACGCUCCUGAGAGGCUACGCACAGGGCCCGGUUUCCUCGGCAACGUUCUAGUGGACCCAACGGCUCAAAUUGGGGAGAACUGCACCAUCGGUCCGAACGUGACCAUCGGUGCCGGUGUGAUUGUGGAGGACGGCGUCAGGAUAAAACGCUGCACAGUGCUGAAAGGGUCACGGGUUCGAUCACACUCCUGGCUGGAGAGCUGCAUCGUGGGGUGGAGCUCCUCUGUUGGCCAGUGGGUUCGUAUGGAGAAUGUGACGGUGCUGGGGGAGGAUGUGAUCGUGAAUGACGAGCUUUACCUGAACGGUGCCAACGUCCUGCCUCACAAAUCCAUCAACGAGUCGGUCCCAGAGCCACGGAUCAUCAUGUAGCAUCGGGUGGAGGAGAAAAGCUCAGCGCCUUUUAUACGAACUGGACUGAACACCCAAACUGUGCCAGAGAGAGAGGGACGAAAAGACAGGAUGGAGAAGGAAGGAGGAGGAGAGAAAAAGGAGCAAGACAAGGUUUUUUUUUCUUUUUUAAAUUAAUUUGGACUCGUUUUUAGCCCUGCUUGGCUGCACCUUCCAUCAAUCAGAAACAAUGGCGUAAGCAUGAGCAUGUGAUCUAUCAAAAAGCAGCCGCCCCAUCAGGCUCAUUAAACUUGUCACAUGUCACAUUUUCAAGUGAAACGUCAAACGCUAAAGUCCUGAAAAUGGCAGAUGGUAAAUGUGAAGGCUGCUUUAAUGGAGAAAAGGUAAGGUAGGAGGGCUGGUUUACCUGGGGGCUGGUGGAGGGACUACUACUGAGUGUACUGAGUGUGUGUAGGGAGGAGGGGGGGGGGUUAGAGAGCCAUACGAACACUGCUGCUUAGAUUCACUAUGCAUUUACAUGUCUUGGACAGCUACAGAGUAUCAGCGAACACGCCCAGAAGGAUCAGACUACAUCUACGUGUUUCUCUGCUGCAGCAGAUACUGGAAUCAUGGCUGACGAUGACACUUGUUGGUUAUAGUUAAAGCUGCACUGCAACAUUUUUUGGCGUCUUGGACGCAGAGGGACAAACUGUGAGCACAUCUGAAUUUUUAACCACCUUAAAAAGCUGUUAUGGUGAAUGUUUUAGCAAAGAGUUGCUUUUUUUACACAUCCAGCAGCCACAGAGAAACACUGUCAUUCAGUUAGAGCCAUGUUUGUGUCAACCCGACGAAUGUAAGUCAAAGUGUUUUUUUAUGUAAAAGUUUUGAUUAGAGCGGCUUUAAUCAAGUACGUGUCAGUUCUGCCUUGUUGCCUCGGUUUUUCUGUUCUUUCCUUUAAUCCUGAAAACUGUGUGCUUCAAUGCCAAACCAGUUAUAGCUCUGUAAAAAGUUAGGCAUAGCAAGGUUUUCUUUUUUUUUUAAACAACAAACUGCAGUUUAUCAAGUACAGAUAUUUGAGUUAGACAGUGAAACUGUAACAGGGAUAUUUUACUUUCAAAUAUUGUGUUGUUUUGACAUGUUUUUCAUUUGUUUGGUUACUGGAUAUUUUUCGCUGUUUCCAGCAUUCAUCUCCAGCUGAGGCUGCUGGGAAUUCACUCUUUACUUUUAGAGGGAUCCGGUCAAGAACUGAAUCGUUGGACAAGGUAAAACUUUGUUGGAGACGCGAGAUGAAAAGUCGUUGUCAUUAGGAUUCAUCCGUUGGUAAGAAUGUCUGAACUAAACUUCAUGGCAAUCCUUCCUAUCGUCGCUGAGAUAUCUCACGCUUCACCAAAGUGUUAGACCGACAGAAUGCCUAAAGACUAAAGUUGCUGAGUUUAACGUUUUUUGAAUGAGGUGUAUUAAUAAAUAUAAAGGGAAGAGUCUGUGUGAAACAGAUUUCACUCUUCUCAGUCAAAUGAAGGGGAUUUAUUAACCUCACCUCUGAUUCAUGUCGUCCUUGUUGUAAAAACGAAUCGUUUUAACGUUCAGCAGAUAUGACUUUACAUCAGUAGACUUUACCUGAUAGAGUAAAAUAAACCGGUGAACCUUAACGGUUGGAGGCUUCUGGAGCUCGUCACUUCAGGCGUCCAUGGUUUUGUCAGCUCAGAUGCACAGAGUUUAGUACUGAUGGAUCUUCAGGUGAUACCUGCUGUCAGUCCAGGCACUCAACACUGAUCUCUGAACACAGUGCAGUGGUUCUAUGGUUGUUAUGCAGUUAGUGAUAAACAGUAUUUACAUGUAAAGGCUUUGACUGUGUCUGAAUGAAUCUUGUAAUGAAGUCUUUUUUUUAAAGAGAAUAAUAUAAUCUAC